AUGUCUCUCAUGUUCAUUCCCCUCGUUGCUGGCUUGCUGCUUGGGCAGGCCUCAGCCAAGGUCCCAGUGGCUUCGAGCUCUCCUGUGGCCAGCAGCCAGCCAGUACUAUCGCAAACCCAGGCCAGCGUACACUGCCACACAAAACUGGGCACAAGCUCUAUCUCCGGGGUUCUUCCUACUUCGACCAUUACCCACACUCGGCAUGAUCCUACUCCAGUCAUCAUCACAUCGACCACCCAGGGCACUGUCACAGAAACUCCGCCAUUGGUGACAGUCACAAUCACCAGCUAUAUCACCAGCACUGCCACGAGUACUGCUGAUCCCUCGACUGAUAUUUUCUCAACCACCUCGACGGAGUUCACCACAUCAACUACCAUACUCACUCUUCCUCCUGUGAUUGAAACCAUAGCCACCACCGUCACAUCCACAAGCACCUCCACCUCCACCAUCCCAUCCCCAGCCGACUUCACCCCCCUGGCGGAUACCCUAGUCCUCAGCGCCCCCGCCAAACGAUCCCUUCUCGGCACCGAGGAAGACGAACAUUGCGACCCCUGGCUAGACGACUACCAAUACCCGCAAGCAGUCGAAUGCCACGAAAAGCUCAUCCUCCGCACAACCAGCAUCGAAACCAUAACCGCCGCCCCCAUCACCAGCACAGCCGCCACCUCAACCACCACUACAACCAUAACCAGCACAAUCACAACCACCACAAUCCUCGUCCCAACCCCCAUCUCCACAACCCUAAGCUACAGCACCACCUCAACCCUCAUUGAAACCGCCACAGCCCCCGCCGAAACAAGCACGACGACCACCACAAACACAAUCGAGGUCUCCACCAGCACAACAAUGCACGCCGCCUGCGCAACCAACAACGUCGCGCCUCUCCCCUUCUCCUCGGAAUACGGCAGGUUCGAAGGCCAGUACACGUACCUCUUAUCAUUUACACAUAUCCCCGGCGAGAGUUUGACGGUUGGCAACACGGCGUCGGCGUAUGACUGCUGCGUCAGCUGCCAGGAGUCGGAUUCCUGCGCGAUGUCAUACUAUAAUCACGUCACGGAUGCGGUGAAGUACUGCUAUCUUAUACAUUCAACUACUUGUGCGCCGGAGACAAAUUAUGCGAAGGCUUCGAUUCAUAGUGGCGCUGCGACGAUUCAGAUGUCCAAUGGAAGGUGUGGGAGGGUUUAUGGGGUGCAGGCGUAG